GCUGGGAACAGGCGAGUAAGAUCACAAGUGGUCUUUUCUUUUUUUCCCUCUCGCCCAUAAAGAAAGCUUUAUCACGUGUGGCCUUAAACUUCAGCAAAUUGCAAGAGAAAUGGCUCAAAAGCUUCAGCUCUCUCUGUGCCCUGGGAACUGAGUGGCACGUCGGGGGCUUUGCCAGCGUGGCCAGCUCUCUGCUGCCUGCCAGAGAAAGGCGGCCAGGAGGAGAGGAGAAAGAGAAGAGAUUGCCCAGUGGGAAGUCUGUGCCCUUCAUCUUGUCUUUGCACCCGGUCCACCCCGGCACUCCCCGGCUAGCUGGACUGUUCCACGCGGCUGUAGCACUUCCCUGUAGGACUCUCCUUCUGUCUGCACUGUGGUCCAGCCUUUUCGGAGCACCUUGGAGGCUAGCUCUACCUGCAGAUCAGAGUGAAGAGCCUUUCCAUAAUGGACAGUGCAUCCAGAGAGAAGAUGCAGUUAUUUCGUAAAACUUCCGUGCAUCCUGCUGAAAGACCUUCCUGCAAAUCAGAAUAUUCCUCCUCCUCCUCCUCUGAGAAACAGCCGUGCUGUGGGGAACUAAAGGUGUUCCUGGGCGCUUUGUCUUUCGUUUACUUUGCCAAAGCUCUGGCAGAAGGUUAUUUGAAGAGCACCAUCACUCAGAUAGAGAGGAGGUUUGAUAUCCCUUCUUCACUGGUGGGUGUUAUCGAUGGCAGUUUUGAAAUCGGGAACCUCUUGGUGAUAACCUUUGUCAGCUACUUCGGAGCCAGACUUCACAGGCCAAAACUCAUCGGUGGAGGCUGCCUGGUCAUGGGUGUCGGAACAGUGCUGGUCGCCCUGCCCCAGUUCUUCAUGGAACAGUACAGAUAUGAAACCUAUUCUUUCUCCAACUCAACCUUCAACCUAUCUCCGUGCCUCUCAGCGUCCAACCCGGAAUUGCCAAUCUCAGUUGUGGAAAAGUCACAAUCCCAAAAACAUAAUGAAUGUGAGGCUGACGCCAGUUCCUCCAUGUGGGUGUAUGUUUUCCUGGGGAACCUCCUUCGAGGAAUAGGGGAAUCUCCCAUACAGCCCCUGGGCAUCGCCUACCUGGACGAUUUUGCCAGUGAAGACAGUGCCGCUUUCUACAUUGGAUGUGUGCAGACGGUUGCAAUUAUAGGACCAAUCUUUGGCUUCCUGUUAGGCUCAUUAUGUGCCAAACUGUAUGUUGACAUUGGCUUUGUAAACCUAGACCACAUAACCAUUACGCCAAAGGACCCACAGUGGGUAGGUGCCUGGUGGCUGGGGUAUAUAAUAGCAGGAAUCCUGAGUCUUCUGGCAGCAGUGCCCUUCUGGUGCUUACCGAAGAGUCUACCCAGACCUCGAAGUCGAGAAGGUUCCAGUUCCUCCUCUGAGAAAUCCAAAUUUAUUAUGAAUGAUGACACUGAUUUUCAAGCACCUCAAGAAGAAAGAACAAAAAUAAUGGAAAUGGUAAGAGAGUUUCUUCCAUCGCUGAGGAGUCUUUUUGGAAAUCCCGUGUACUUCUUGUAUUUGUGUGCCAGCACCGUUCAGUUCAACUCUUUGUUCGGCAUGGUGACAUACAAAGCCAAGUACAUUGAGCAGCAGUAUGGACAGUCAUCCUCCAAGGCCAACUUCGUGAUUGGGCUAAUCAACAUACCUGCAGUGGCUCUGGGAAUAUUCUCAGGGGGAAUCAUUAUGAAAAAGUUCAGAAUUGGUGUCUGUGGAGCUGCCAAACUCUACUUGGGAUCAGCUGUCUUUGGAUACCUCCUGUUCCUGUCCUUGUUUUCACUGGGCUGUGAAAAUUCUGAUGUGGCAGGACUGACUGUCUCCUAUGAAGGAACCAAACCUGUCUCUUAUCAUGAACGAGCUCUCUUUUCAGAUUGUAACUCAAGAUGCAAAUGCUCAGACACAAAGUGGGACCCCAUGUGUGGUGAGAAUGGGAUCACGUAUGCAUCGGCUUGUUUUGCUGGUUGUCAAAUCUCUACCAGGAGCAGGAAAACUACUAUAUUUUAUAAUUGCACCUGCGUAGGAGCUACAACCCCUCAAUCAGGAAAUUCCUCAGGCAUGGCAGGAAGAUGUCAUAAAGAUAAUGGAUGUCCCCAAAUGUUCCUAUACUUCAUUGUGAUUUCAGUCAUCACCUCCUAUACCUUAUCCUUAGGUGGCAUACCUGGGUACAUACUGCUUCUGAGGUGCAUUAAGCCACAGCUUAAGUCUUUUGCCCUUGGUAUCUACACCUUAGCAAUAAGAGUUCUUGCAGGAAUUCCAGCUCCAGUAUACUUUGGAGUUUUGAUUGACACUUCGUGCCUCAAGUGGGGAUUUAAACCAUGUGGAGGUCGAGGAUCCUGCAGGUUGUAUGACUCCAACGCUUUCAGACACAUAUAUCUGGGACUAACUAUGAUUCUGGGCACAGUGUCCAUUUUCCUAAGUACUGCAGUCCUUCUCACUUUAAAGAAAAAUUAUGUUUCAAAACACAGAAGCUUUAGAACCAAGAGAGAAAGAACAAUGGUUUCUACAAGAGUCAAGAAGGGAAACUGUGCUACAAGUGAUCAUUCUCUACAACCCAGCUACUGGCCGGGCAAGGAAACACAACUUUAGGAAAAUGAUUUGAAGCAACUUCUCAGUUUCUGGAAAUUCCACCAAGGACUUUAAUCAAAAGGGUAUUAAAAGCAUAAUUCUUCCUCCUUUUAGAAGUUUACUACAUUUUAAAUGCCAAGUGUUAGAUAAUAUACCUGAUAACAAAUAUAAUUAAACACAUUACAAAUGAUAGAGUAAUAAAUUUAAUUUUAAGCCUCCUAAUUUAGAUACAAAUUCCAUACUUUUUUCUCAUUCUAAAAUUUUGCUUUGUGCACAUUAGCUAUAAUUCUGUAGUUUAAUUGCAAAUAUAAUUUCCAAACCGAGAUGUUUAUCUUAGUAACAGUAUUAAAACCCACCUUAGCCUCUUUCAAAUGUUGCCUGUAUGAUAAUAUUAGGAUUAAGCCAAAACAUGUAGGGGAAGAUUUCAUUUUAACCUCUUGCUUUACUUUUAAUGUAACAAUACAUAUAAAAAUAUGUAUUGCCAAAUAUCUGAGGGCAUUCACAUUUUUGGUUGUUAUCUCUUCUAUAUGCUGUAUGUGAGAUGUCUUAAGUGACCAUGUUCGUAAAUGAAAUUGUUACAAGUUUUAUUGUCUUUGUGUGAAUUUAAAGAAUUAAUAAAUAUUGUAUAUAUAGCAGUGGCCACAUUUUAAUGUAUGUAAGGAACUCAUGCAUGAGAUGUUAUCCUCAAACAUUUGAAAGUUGAACUGCUGAAAGAGACUAAUUAAAUUAGAUUUUUAACCUCAGAAGGCAGAGCUGGGACUAAACCCAGGUCUAAAUAUGUCUUUCCAUCACACCAGCCUGACCCAAUAAUGUGGUACUAAAUAAACUACUUGUAUUACCUGUA